AUGGGGCUGAGGGCCUGGCUGAGGACCGUGUGCUGCUGCUGCUGCCCGUGCAGGUGCCUGGAGGAGCCCGCCGUGCCCGAGAAGGAGCCCCUGGUCAGUGAUAACAAUCCAUAUUCUUCCUUUGGAGCCACGCUGGCAAGGGAUGAUGAACAGAAUCUGUGGAGUGUGCCUCACGAUGUGUCCCACACAGAGGCAGACGACGACAGGAUCCUCUACAAUUUGAUCGUUGUUCGUAAUCAACAGGCCAAAGAUUCAGAGGAGUGGCAAAAACUUAACUAUGAUAUCUACACCCUGCGACAGAUUCGAAGGGAAGUGAGAAAUAGAUGGAAACGCAUUUUAGAAGAUUUAGGUUUUCAAAAGGAAGCAGACUCUUUGUUGUCAGUGACAAAACUCAGCACCAUCAGUGAUUCUAAAAACACAAGGAAAGCUCGGGAGAUAUUGUUGAGACUGGCUGAAGAGACCAAUAUUUUCCCAACCAGUUGGGAGCUUUCGGAGAGAUAUCUCUUUGUUGUGGACCGUCUCAUUGCACUUGAUGCUGCGGAAGAAUUCUUUAAAAUUGCCAGUCAAACGUACCCCAAGAAGCCUGGGGUCCCAUGCCAGGCAGAUGGCCAGAAAGAACUGCACUACCUUCCCUUUCCAAGUCCCUAA